UCACACACACACACACACUCUUUUCCACCAGAUAAGGACAAAGUAAGACAAAAAUUGUUGAGGAAAAAGAUUGGAUAAAAAUUGCAGUUGAAUGGAUAAAUGAAGAGGAGGAGUGACUGAGUGGAGGCAGGACAAGUGAAGGGAAAAAAAACUGGAGAAAACCUCCCUGAAGGAGAUUUCUAAAAAUACAAGCCAGCUUACUCCCUGCAUUCUGUUAUUUUCUCUCUCUCUCCCUUCUUUUUUGCCGUGUCCCCUCCUUCAUUCAGUACCUGUUCUGUGGGAUUAACAUGACUUAAAAUUCAAUCAGCCUACAGCCUGACGGAGGAGCGACAGAGGAGGCAGACAGAGCGCUGCAGCUGUCGAGACCGAGUGAGGGGACGUGGAGAGAGAGGAGAGAGAGAGCGGGGGGAUAGACAGUGAGAGAUAGAGAUAGAGAGGAGAGAGAGCGAGAGAUGGGUGUUUUUCCACGGAGCUGAGACAGAGAAAGCGCCGCGGAGACAGGGAGAUGUGACGGUUUCCAGGGGUCGCGGUGGAAUGAUCCGGAAAACAAGGUUUCUAGCCAUCCCUCCAUCCCUCCAGCUCGCUCCCAAACCUCCUUUUCUGCACCUCAAUCCAAGGUCAUCAAUGAACAACUCAAUUCAAUGUGGGAGAACUACCAAUGUGUAAAGCGUAGAGAGGCCCUGUGACACGCCCUGGAAAUCACACCGGGAAGUGAGGGAUGAGAGAAAGAGUAGGGGGGAAAAACUGAACGUGUGAAAGAAUGAAGCAAUAGGACAGUAAGCCUAGAUGAACAAAUAAGAAGAGAGGGGCUGUAUGAGUGAGGGGGGAGGGGGAAAAAGGAGAGCGGGAGUGAGAGAAGGAGUGGAAGGGAUGAGAGAAGAGAGGUGAAGAUCACUGCCAACUCCAGGAUUCUUAUUCUCUUUUGAUUGAACUGCUCCAGAUAGAGAGAGAAGUUGAAUACAGCCAUGAGGAAAUCAUAUAAAAACGGCAUAAAUAGGAUUUCAAGCGAAGUGGAUUCGUGGAUUUCUUCUCAAACUGAGGUCUCUAUUUCGGAAUACCGCGCCGGGAUUGAGCGAGUAAUUCAGGAUUUUCCAGGUUUUCUUCAUCUAUAGAAGUCUAAGAGGAUAUUGUGGGAUUGGAAUUCCUGCAACUCUAUGGUUCUUCUUACACUGACCUACAUCUGCCUCCUUUUGAUGUGUGUGGGGGCGUGUGUGUGUGAAGGGGAGUAGGACAGGUUUCAGCACAAACACACACAACUGCUCCCCCCCUCCCGGCCCCCUCAUCCCCUGCUGGUCCAACACAAGGAGAAACACCUGGGGCGAGAUCUGUGCUAAACACUCACGCACACACACACACACAUAUAUAUAAACCUGGAUAACAUGUGGAGCUGAUUCGGAUUAUAGAGCCGCACAGACGGAAAAGGUCUGUGGAUCGCCAGGCGCUCUACCAUGCCUGUCCCCCCACCCCUCAAUCCCCGCAGACAAAAACACCUGCCCCACACACACCUCCACCCAGAACAAAGGGCAGAACGUUCCACCUUCCCCUCCCUCUUCCCUCCAUCCAUCCUCUCUCUUUCUCUUCUCCCCCCUGUCCUCGUCUCAUCUUUGCCCUCCUCAUCCCAUCUCGUCCACUGUGCCUGUCCCAGGACGACAAAGAGAACCCUUCCUGACUCUGUCCCUUUCCCAGCAUUUCAUUGGCUGACUCUGGUCACAUGCUGCCUGCUGCCUUCUCUGAUUGGAGCAGGGGAGACGUGGGGCGUGGUCUCAGCCUGUCCCUUCCACUGCGUGUGUCGAAACCUUUCAGAGUCGCUCAGCACGCUCUGUGCCGACAAGGGCCUUCUGUUUGUGCCCCCGCACGUUGACCGACGCACCGUUGAGCUGCGGUUGGCUGACAACUUCAUCACAGAAGUGGGCGGGAAUGACUUUGUCAACAUGACUGGAUUGGUUGAUUUGACUCUGUCGAGGAAUACCAUCCACCUGAUCCGACCAAUGGCCUUCGCUGACCUGGAGAGUUUGCGCUCACUGCAUCUGGAUGGUAAUCGCUUGACAAUUCUUGGACCCAGGGACCUCGCAGGUUUGGUCAAUCUGCAACACCUGAUUGUCAACAACAACCAGCUGAUCAAAGUCUCUGUCCAGGCCUUUGACGAUUUCUUGCUCACACUGGAAGACCUUGACAUGUCCUACAAUAACCUCAGGAGGGUACCAUGGGAGUCUAUUCAGAACAUGGCCAGCCUGCACACUCUCAACCUGGACCAUAACCUGAUAGACCACAUAGCAGAAGGAGUAUUUGGAGAGCUGUAUAAGCUUGCAAGGCUGGAUAUGACCUCCAACAGGCUCCGAACCCUGCCUCCUGAUCCCCUCUUUGCAAGGUCCCAGACAGGUGCCAUAAGUCCCACCCCCUACAAUGCUGUUAUAAGUUUAAAUUUUGGUGGGAACCCACUGCACUGCAAUUGUGAACUGCUAUGGUUACGGCGACUUAUCCGUGGAGACGACAUGGAGACGUGUGCCACACCUGCUCACCUGGCUGGAAGAUAUUUCUGGUCAAUUCCUGAGGAGGAGUUUACUUGUGAACCACCUCUCAUCACCCGUCACACACACAAGCUGUGGGUGCUGGAGGGCCAGCGAGCGACGCUAAAAUGCCGUGCCAUUGGCGACCCUGAGCCAGUAAUCCACUGGGUUUCACCAGAUGACCGCAUUAUUGCGAAUUCAUCCCGGACCAGCUCCUUCAGCAAUGGGACCCUGGAUAUCUUAGUAACAGUUGCCCGAGAUGACGGGGCAUACACCUGUAUCGCAAUAAAUGCAGCAGGCGAAGCGACUGCCACUGUGGACCUGAAAAUAAUCCCUCUGCCUCACCGGGGAGGAGCAGGUGGAAACACAGGGAAUAACAACGUGAACACCAAAAACAACAGGAAUAUGACUAAUGGGAUUUUACGGACCGAUCCGGGCUCUUCGGAUAUCAGCACAGGGAAAAACGGUGGGAUUAACAAUGGCGCAGGACGAGGAGAGGUGGAGGAUGGGAGAAGAGGUGGAGGUGAGGAAGAUGAGGGUGACAGUAGCAGGGCCUCUGAAAGGGAGAGGGCCGAUGGAGGGAGCAUGGAGGACGACGAGGGGGACGAGGAUGAAGGAAGGAUGGUCGGAGUACAAGGGGUUACGUCAACCUCAGCUCAGGUCCGAUGGGAUUUGGGGCGUUUGUCUACAGCUUACGUCGUCUGGAUGUAUCAAAUACAGUACAACUGCACCGCCGAUGACACCCUCAUCUACAGAAUUCUACCAUCGACCAGUGACCGCUUCCUGUUGAAGAACUUGGUUUCCGGUGUGGACUAUAACCUGUGUGUGCUGGCUAUUUUUGAUGAUACAAUCACAUCAUUAGCUGCAACAAAAGUCUUGGGCUGUGCCACAUUCUCCACCAAGGAUGUUUACCCAGCAUGCCGCUCUCUCCAAGCCCAUUUCCUGGGCGGGACACUCACCAUAUUGGUUGGCGGUGUAGUUGUUGUCACCCUACUCGUGUUCACUGUGGCGCUCAUGGUUCGCCAUCGUGUUUGCAAUCAUGGUGACCACAUGAUAUGCCACAACAGCAACACUGAGGCAGGAGGCGGGGCCUGCUGUCAGGGUGGAGGUGUAGGGAGCGGGGACAAAGGGGGAAACAGUAGCGGAUGCUACCAAUCAAAUGGUUCCGGGGACAUGAUGAUGGUGGUCCUGCCCAACGGUCUGCCUUCCAAGAGAGGAGGGGAGAAAGACAAGGAGAAGGACAAGGACAAGGACAAGGUGAAGGAGAAGGAGAAGGAAAAGGAGAAGGAAGCGGCUGAUUCUGCUUCCUCUCUGCCCCCAAAACUACCACCUAAGCCCAGGCCCAAACCUAAAGUCAACCUGGAGCAGUUUCUUUCAGCUGGGGGAGUAGUUUCCACGACGACAGGGGCUGGAGGAGAGAUGGCAUUGGUGGUGAGGCAAAGGAAGCUAGAGAAGGCACCCCCAUACACCCUUGACAGUGACAGAACUCCCCUCUACUACUCCCCUUCCCCACCAUCCACCCUGCCCCGUCAGUCACACUCCAGGGACCGCCCGAAACCCCGUCUGGAGCGAGAACUGACCAAUCGUGCCAGUUUCUCUCUGGCUGCACCCUUGAGAGACUCAGAGUUGUUGGACUGGAGAAUCACUCCCCGAGGAAGGGACAAAUGGAACUCCUCACAGGCUUAUCAGAGCCCUCUAUCACCUCUAAGCCCUGCUUGCGGGACUGUUAGCAAACGGCGGCACUCGCUUGAUAUGGGCUCCUCUGUUGCCCUAGCGACCGAUGCUGCAGCGACUGUUGCCAAGCGCUAUGGUGCCGUCAGUUACGCCAAGCGGCUGAGUGUGAUCUGGACGAGGCGGAGCCAGUCGCUUCAUGGAAUGCUGGUGCAGUGCGCCUCGACAACGAGCACAACAUCUUCGACGACCAGCGAUGAGGCCGAAAAUGCCGGGGGCUUUGGGCCGCGCUGCGAGUUCCAAAGGGGGUACAUCCACGCUUAUAACACCACCAACUCCAACUCCAACAGUGGGAGUACUACAGGGAAAGCAAGCAGUGUUAAAGACAGGGGGAGGGAAAAAGGGAAAGACGGAAGGAGUGUUGAAGAGCUGGAGGAAAGUGUUGUGUAGGGGAUAGUGGAACAGAAUAAAAAAAGUUAAGAAAGAUAAAGGGUUCUGUGAGAGGGCACGGGAGUGAAUGGGAUCUUGAUUUGAGGAGGGCAAAGAGGUGGAGUCAGGGGAGAAAUUGAGGGUGCAGGAAAGGGAAGAUGAAGUGAUUGCAGAUGAGGAAGAGAAGGUUGUGAGUUCAGAGGAAGGGAGAAGACUAAAAUUGACUUAAGUCUCACUUGUGUAGCUCCUUGAUUUGCCCUGGGAGAAGUCAAGAAAAAUGGAGAGGAGAGAGGAAAGUGUACCUGGAAGUGAGGUGAAGAUUUUUAAGAGGCCCUUUACAGCUGACCCAAAGAGUGAUGGGUGGAAAAAUAAGUGGGAAAAGAGAUGUGACAGGAAAAUCGGGCGAGCAGGAGAAACUUAACAGGUGCCAGUUUUAAAGUGGUCUUUAAAUAUUCAAGGCUGAGCUCAAGCCCAUUGAGGGAUACGAGAUGGAAGAGAAAGUAGUAACACAAAAACAAAACUUAGAAAAAAGACAAAGAGUGACAGUUGUAAGAACAGACAACGGGAGUGAUAUAUAUAGUCACAGAGGGAGAGACGUAAUCAAACGGGAAAACAUCAAUAGAGAAACAAAAGAAAGGAUACAUAACAGAGACCGAGAUGGCGUGAGCUCAGCGUGGAUCUCAGUAAAGCCUAUACACUAAUAGAACCAGGCUCUUGCUAACACUUCAACUCUCCAGGGCUCAGCCCCCACAACACCACAAGGGUUUACACUGGAUCAAAAACAACACAACCGGUAAUACUGGAGAAACACUCUGACAAAAAUACUACAGUAAAAAAGAUUUGGAUGAUAUAGUCCUGCUUUGUUAUCUUGUUUUUUGGCUCCAACACUGACGGCCAUUUUGAAACUCUUUUCCAAAACACAAUGAAUGUGACUUUUAUGUGUCCUCUGUGGCUGGACAAUGAUUUUGGCUUGCCGUGCCUGCAGAUUAUGGGAGCAUAAAUACCGAGCCGGGUGCAUUGGACAUGAUCAAUCGAUACGAGCUGGAAAGAGCGAGUGGAGCACAGACAUUAUUAAAAGAAAGACAUUGGGAUUACAAUGGAGUCGAUAUGGAUUACAAAAUGGAGAUGGGGUGUAUGAUGGAACAUGUGCGCGUAUGCAUUUUUGAAAGACAAGAUCAUAUUGGAAGUCGGAUGAUAACGGACAAACAAAUGAAUAAUGCUAAUGGGUGCAUAAGUGUGCAUGCAUUGAUGGCUCAGAGGCAAGAUAUGUGUAUGUGAGUGCACACAUAUGAAUGUUUGUGCGAAGCAAUCCAGUCAACCAGACUCCAUGUGUGUUUAAUAAGGUUUAGCGCUUUCUGAACAUGCUAUAAAUGGAAUAAAUCUAGAAAAUGUGAGAUCGGUGUUGGUCUAAAGUUCCGCCCCAAGUGAGGUAAGAUCGAAAUGUUUAAAGACAUUUUCACCAACCAGAAUAACAUCACUAGUUCCAUGGUCAGAAAGUGGCAACCGUUAAGGGGGAAUCGAAAUUUCAAAUAAAUUUUUUGUGACUUCAGACUCCUUAAUGCCACAUGGAUUCACUUUAAAUCCAAACAGUGAAUGUUUUCAGAAAGGAAGCAGUUUUAAAAAAAAUGACAGAACCAUUAUGGAAGCCACUUACAAAUAUAAACUCUUCAUCGGAAGACUUUGAUAAACUUAUAAUGGGACAACUGAUCCACUGGCACAGACCACAGAGACUUCUAUUAAAGAGAAAAAAUGAAAAGAGAAAACUUGAAAGUACAUAUAUAUAGUAUAUAUAUAUAAAAUGAUGUUACUUGUCGCACCAUGUGUUUCUGUUUUUCAAAGUUUUCUGGGGAAUGAUGUUAGGAUCAAAUACAAAAUAUAAAAUGUGUGAUUUUUUGUUUUAGACAAAAAAUCUUCAUGAUUAGAACAGAAAAAUUUACAUUAUAACUAGGCAGAAAAAUAAAGAUCAAAACAGACAUUAAAAAAGCACACAGCACAAAACAUGCAAACCGGCAAGCACACACACCCCAAAAGACAGACACACAAACAGAUGCCUAUAAAACAGAGCCAAUUACAUCAAUAACUAUGACUUUUAACAAUUACUGUUGUUUCCUUUCUGUUUUUAUUUCAUUUUUGCCAAAGUCAAUAUUGUU